UUGUUAAAGUCACAUGGUGUAUGUGCAUGUGGUGUGCAUCGGUACGGUGUAAAGAACACAUUUAAAUAUGGAGUUUGGCUGUACACCUGGUGACCUGUAUGCUGGGUAUAUAGUGGAGGACAGUGACUUAGAGUUUUCUGACUGCUCAGGAAAAGAAAGUAGACUCUCCAGUCACCUUGGGACAGAGCAGCUUGGCCGGAAUAGCGAGGUGGCUGUAUUUCAGGAAAUAGCCGUGGCUUAAAAACAACCUUACCUCGAAUCUAAUGACUAAUUUUGCGGUUCUUGUCUCGAGGAUAAUGAAGGAUAAUGAAUCAUUCAACUAUCUCAGGCGAAGAUGGAGAAGAGAUGGGCCAUUGCAAAUCUGCUCAGCAUGGCCCCAGUGGCGAUUCAGACGAUGAGUUUUCCAGGGAAAUGGACAAGGAGUUAUUGUCAAAGAUACAGUUCUCAGUGUCACCCAGCGUAGCUCAGGCAACUAAUAUUACCCGGAUGUGUGAAGUAAUUGCUAAACCAAAAGAGGAACCGGCAAUGUCAACUGGCUCCCCCAAGCCCAAGUCGAUAAUUGUUCAACCACAGAACUCUCAUGAAGUCUAUGAUGAGCUCUGCUUUGAUUCAUCAGAAAGUGAGGGUGAGGAUGACCAGGCAGGAAGCACCCGAUAUGUGGGCAAGAAAGUUAGCAAGCUGUCUAAUGACGAGCUGUUCUAUGACCCUGGUCUGGACGACGAGGACGAGAGAUGGGUCAACAGGCAGAGAAUGGCUUAUCAUAAUGUUAAGGUGUCUCAUUCACUCGAGAAGCAAAAGAAGAGUAAGCGAGCCUGGUCAAAGCCUGCAAACACUGGGGAACACGUUGGGUCUGAACACAAGACAGAAGAUAACGAGACAGUGAAAGAUGCAGCAGCUCAGGAUUUGGAGUCACGCCUGUCAAAGUCGGAUGCUGUGUUAAACUGUCCUGCUUGCAUGACAACUCUGUGCCUCGACUGUCAAAGACAUGACCAAUACGUGAGCCAGUACAGAGCGAUGUUUGUCCUCAAUUGUGUGAUUGUGAAAGAAGAGACACUCACCUAUAAUCCAAAAUCUGGAAAAAAGGGUCAGAAGCGGAGAAGAGGGAAGGAUAAGGGAAAUGUGACUGAGGAACAGUCUGCCUACCAUCCCGUAAAAUGUCACGAAUGCAAUACCGAAGUUGCUGUUUAUGAUCACGAUGAGGUGUUUCACUUCUUUAACGUUUUAGCUAGUGCUCCAUGAAGCAAAUCAUUUCUGUUCCCUUCAAGUGCUUAUUGCAUUAAUUAUGUUGACAGCAUUCAUGAUUAAAACCACA